AUGGAAUCCUUAUUUUAAAUAGUAUUUAUUAGACUCACCAAUGUUGAGAAGAUGAAUUAGAUACAAGAAGUAAAGCUUCUUUUAAAUAUAAAAGGAGUUAUUUGAGAAAUGCAUAGAUAAACGAUAGAAAGAAAAAAUGUUGAAUGUCCCUUUUACUAGAGAUUAGAAAAAAUACUUGAUACAUAUUUGA